ACCACAGAUUUACGGAUACGGAACGAAAACCACGCAGAAGCUAGUAGGAACAAAUUUUGUGGGCUCAAAAAACGACGAGGCGAAAAAAAUAGGGGAAAAGCGCGGCGCAGGACUGGGUGAGAGAAUGCUCGCUCUCCGCAUGCCUCUCUCUCCUUUUAUCGCUGUUGGGUUUUUGCGCUGCGUCCCCUUUCGCUGCGCCCAAAUUAACGAAUUGCUACGAAUUUUGGGAUUAGAAGGCCCAAAAGUGAGCACCGGUGGUGCUGUAUUAUUGUGAGCCACAGGUCAAUUCUCAUACGGGGGUCGGGGGUAUCUUUCUCCGAUCUGGAAAAAGAAAAAAAAAAAGUAAAAAACUCAUUUGAAACUGUCUAGACGCGCGCCGCCAGUUCUCAGGCGCCGCUUUUUUCUGGUUCAUCAGAGAUAUUGGAAACCAAAGCGCCAACUGGACUACCGCUUCCGAUCGCCAAUAAAGCCUUCCCUUUAUUCUUUGUGCCUGUUUGUACCCUUAUAAUUCGAAAGUAUCAGUACGAAAACUUUUUCCUCAUCCUCUCCGAUACUCCUCCCAAGCCCCUUCCAGCCCUUUGGUUUUACCCUGCAACGUAAGGCACACUGAUCAGCGGUAAGCUUUCGAAACGUAUGUAAAUCUGUCACGAAAAAGUGGAAAGAAAGAUGUCGGUAAAAUGUCCUCUUUACUGUUGAAUUCCAAAAAACCUGGAGUGCAGUUUGAGGAUAAAUGGCAUGAGCUCAAACCUACAGUAAACAAACUUUUAAAGCAACAAGCCGUCACCACUCAAGAAUGGCAGAAUCUUUUUUGGGACGUCCAUAAAGUCUGUAACUGGGAUGAAAAAGGAUCACAAAAAGUACACAAGGCUUUGAAAGAUGAAGUUACUAACUUUAUUAAACAAGUGCAAGAGCGUGUUUUGAAACACGAAGAUGAUUCCACAUUGUUGCGUGCCUACAUCAGUGAGUGGUCCAAGUUUUUUACUCAGUGUAACUAUCUCCCCAAGCCUUUUGGCACUUUGGAGUCCAACUUACAAGGCAAAGCUGGUGGAGGAGCCAGCAAAAGGCCUCUGACGGAUGGUGUUACUGUUCAGAAGUUAAUGCUUGACAGUUGGAAUGAUGGUAUAUUCUGUGCAAUCAAAUCAAGAUUGCAGUCAAGUGCCAUGAAGUUGGUUCAUGCAGAGAGAAAUGGAGAAGCUUUUGAUUCCCAACUGGUUAUUGGUGUCAGAGAAUCAUAUGUUAACCUUAGUUCAGAAAUUUUGGACAAGCUCAAGAUAUACAGAGAGAACUUUGAAAAGGCUUACCUUGAAGCUACAGAGGAGUUCUACAAAACACAGGCUGCUGCAUACCUGCAAGAGAAUGGAGUGCAAAAUUACAUGAAAUAUGCUGAAAUGAAGUUAAAAGAGGAGGAACAGCGAGCUGUUCGGUACCUUGAAACAAGGAAAGGCUGUGACUCAGUUUCAGUGCUCACAGAUCGUUGUGUAAAUGUCCUGGUGGGAAGUUUCAAAGAGACCAUAUUGGCUGAAUGCCCAGGAAUGAUUGCUGCUAAUGAAACUGAGAAGCUACUGCUAAUGUUCCAGUUGAUGGAUCGUGUGCGAGGCGGAGUGGAUCCCAUGAUAGCCAAUUUAGAAUCUUAUAUCGUCACCACAGGACUUGACGACAUGAAGGCAUCUGCUGAUACUAUUACAUCUGAUUCUGAGAAAUAUGUAGAGGAGUUACUUACCCUGUUCAACAGAUUUAGUAAACUUGUCAAGGAAGCUUUCAAUGAUGACCCACGAUUCCUCACAGCAAGAGAUAAGGCAUUCAAGACAGUUGUGAAUGAUAGUACAAUUUUCAAGUUGGAACUUCCAAACAAAAACAAAGCGGGUGGCAGUGGUGGUUUGAAUGUCAAAACUCAGCCUGAGUCUCGUUGUCCAGAAUUGCUGGCCAAUUUCUGUGAUAUGCUGCUAAGGAAAACUCCGUACAGCAAAAAGCUGACAUCUGAUGAAAUUCAAGCAAAGCUCAAAGAUGUUUUGUUGGUUUUAAAAUACGUUAUCAACAAAGAUGUUUUUAUGAGGUACCACAAGGCCCACUUGACAAGACGGCUGAUCCUUGACACAUCAGCUGACAGUGAAAUGGAAGAGAACAUGGUGGAGUGGCUCAGGGAUGUAGGAAUGCCCGCGGAUUAUAUCAACAAACUAGCCCGUAUGUUCCAGGACAUUAAAGUUAGCAACGAUCUGAACCAGGGCUUCAAGAAAGAAUACAAAAACAAGGGCGACAUUGCAGAUUCGGUUAACAUUAAGAUUUUGAAUGCUGGUGCUUGGUCAAGAGCUUCAGAAAGAAUUCCUGUUUCGCUUCCCACUGAGCUUGAAGACUACAUUCCCGAGGUGGAAGAGUUUUACCGGAAAAACCACAGCGGUCGCAAAUUGCAGUGGCAUCAUUUAAUGUCCAAUGGAGUGAUAACCUUCGCCAACAAAAUUGGAAAAUUCGACCUCGAAGUAACUACUUUUCAAAUGGCUGUUCUCUUCGCCUGGAAUGAGCGACCGCAUGAGAAGAUUUCAUUUGAAAAUUUAAGGCUCGCUUCUGAACUUCCAGAUUCGGAACUCAGGAGAACUGUAUGGUCGCUAGUUGCCUUCGCUAAGCUCAAGCGGCAAAUCCUCUUAUGUCAACCUGAAGCGAAGUCUCCAAAGGAUUUCACCGACAGCUCUUUGUUCUGGGUCAAUCAAGAAUUCGCUGUAAUUAAAAACAGCAAGGUUCAGAAACGCGGUAAAGUCAAUCUCAUUGGGAGGUUGCAGCUUUCGACGGAGAAAGCUAAACAAGAAGAAAACGACGGUAUUGUGGCGCUGAGAAUUCUAAGAAUACAGGAAGCGAUUGUGAAGAUCAUGAAGAUGAGAAAGCGAAUAACAAACGCUGCUCUUCAGACUGAACUGGUGGAAAUUCUUAAAAACAUGUUCAUUCCUCAGAAGAAGAUGAUCAAGGAACAGAUCGAGUGGCUUAUAGACCACAAGUAUCUGAGACGGGACGAGGAGGACAUUAAUACAUUCUUAUACGUCGUAUAACCACACUGUUGGGCCUCAAACGAAGAUACAGAGCUUCUUGACUUCGUCCAGCUUUGAGUCUUGCUCUCAGAUUAAUAUUAGGGAGUGUAAAUUACCACGACGGCGACGCCGAGGAUAACGUCGAUUGAAAAAUGAAUGUGUGUGUUACCUACGAAUCUCGCGGUAUCCUAAAGUCAUUUACUUUGUUUAUCACCGUCAAAGCUAUCACAAAACUAAAUCUGGAACAUAGUGAUGAAUUUGAAAUAGAAAUUUAAAAACUUA